AUGGCCAUGGCAAUCCUAGAUCCAACUGUGAAAGGAGAGGACUACUUGUCACUUAAAGUUGAGGACGACGAUGACGAUUGCUUUGAUGAUGACUACUCGACCAACUCCCUUACAGACCUGGCCACCAUAUCGAACCACCCCGGUCUAGUAAAAGAUGAGGUGUAUCAAAGGAAGAUGUUCAUUGGAGGACUGAACUGGGAGACCACAGAUGAAUCUCUUAGGGAAUAUUUUUCACAAUUUGGCGAGGUCACUGAAUGCACCGUGAUGAGAGAUGGCGCGACUGGCCGGUCUCGAGGUUUCGGCUUCCUCACCUUCAAGGACCCCAAGACGGUCAACGUCGUCAUGGUCAAAGAGCACUACUUGGACGGCAAGAUAAUUGACCCUAAGCGAGCUAUACCUCGAGAUGAGCAGGAAAAGACGAGCAAGAUCUUUGUCGGUGGCGUAAGCCAAGAGACCACCGAUGCCGAGUUCAAAGACUAUUUCGCCCAGUUUGGCCGCGUCGUUGAUGCUACGCUCAUGAUGGACAAGGACACUGGUCGACCCCGCGGCUUCGGCUUCGUCACCUUCGAGUCCGAAGCCGGUGUGGAUGCGUGUCUCGCUACGGAGUUGGAGAUUCACGGCAAACCAAUCGAGGUCAAGAAGGCGCAACCUCGUGGUAACAUGCGCGAAGAAGAGGAGGCGAAGGGCCGAGGCAACAACCGUUUCGGCAACCGGGGUAGAGGCUCUGGAAACAACUUUGACGACAACUCCUCACAAGGAGGGGCGAUGACCGGUAGCAACAACGGCAACGGUGCGGGCGGCCCCAGUGGCUCGGCCAUGGCACAGCAAUGGAACCGCAUGCAGCAGAUGUUCCAGAUGUGGCAGCAGCAGAUGGCCAUGAACCGCGGCAUGGGCGGCAUGAAUCCUCAGGCGGCCAUGAUGCAGAUGAUGCAGAUGCAACAGAUGCAGCAGCAGAUGAUGAUGCAGGCCCAGCAGCAAGGUGGCGCCGGCGCGGGGCGCGGUAGCCCAAUGGGCAAUAUGGGCAAUAUGGGCGGCGGUCAGAUGAACCCAGCCAUGAUGCAGCAGAUGAUGAACCAGAUGGGCGCCCAGGGAGGUGUUCCUGCUGGGCCUCAGGGUGGCAUGCAGCAACAAGCUCCCCCCACCGGCCCCAGCGGGAACCAGAAUCGGCCCGGAUACAAUGCAUACGAGCAGCAGAUGUUUGAGCAGCAAAAGUAUGACCAGCGCGGCGGCCGGCAGGGCAACAACAACAUGGGCCAGCAGCAGGCCUACGGCAUUGGCGGCGGCGGAGCUCCAACGUCGUGGGAGGGCAUGUACGACGACGUGCCCCAGCCCAACGUGCCCAACCAGAUGGGAGGGGGCGGCAUGAGCCCCGCGUCCAUGGGAAGCGGCCACAGCGGCGGCGGCGGCGGACGUGGCGGUGGCGGAUUCCGAGGCCGCGGCGGCGGUGGCUUCCACCACCAGAACCACCAGCAGCAGCCGGCAGAUCCAACCAAGGCUCCCCCGGCCAACGCGCCUACGGGCCCAAAGAAUGCUGGCAGACCUGGUGCGAACUACCGUGGAGGUGGACGAGGUGGUGGUGCGAGGGGAUUCCACCCCUAUGGACGUUAG